GUGAUGUCGGCCCCCUGUGGGAGGGCAGGUCCCAGAGCCGCGAGUCAGCUGACGGCCGGACCCAGGUGGGCGCGACGUGACCGGGACUCAGCCGUCCUGGUCCCGCCCACGUCGCGGGGUGUGUCCCCGGCCCGUGUGAGUCUGCCCCUGCUGACGGACUGAUGGGCGGCGGCUUCUGUCAGGCUGGUCCAGGCCGAGGUCGGCUCACCUGAGUGCAGUACUUCCCUUAGAGGUCCUGUCUCUAGAAGGUGGCCUGAAGACCUGGGAGCUUUUCUCUCUCUGAUGAAGAUUAAACAAACCAGGCAGAUGUUCCUGACACAUUCCAGGUUGAGGAUGGAGACCUGAAGAUCGCCGAGACAACUGUGCUGACUUUUGGGACACAGUGUCAGGCCCAGCAGCCCAGAGUUGGUAUAGGACUCCCCUGGUGUACAGUUCAGGACCAUGACUCCUGUGAGCAAUGGUGGGAUGUCAGAGAGCAUUUUUGACCUGGACUAUGUUUCCUGGAAGAUCCGCUCCACACUGGUAGUAGCUGGCUUCGUCUUCUACCUGGGCGUCUUUGUGGUCUGUCACCAGUUGUCAUCCUCCCUAAAUGCCACUUACCGCUCUCUGGUGGCCAAAGAGAAGGUCUUCUGGAACCUGGCAGCCACUCGUGCCGUCUUUGGCGUGCAGAGUAUGGCUGCAGGCCUGUGGGCUCUGCUGGGGGACCCUGUGCUCCAAGGUGACAAAGCCCUUGGCCAGCAAAACUGGUGCUGGUUUCAUAUUACCACAGCCACUGGGUUCUUCUUCUUUGAAAAUGUGGCUGUUCACCUGUUCAACCUGUUCUUCCGGACUUUUGAUGUGUUUUUGGUUGUCCACCACCUCUUCGCCUUUCUUGGUUUUUUUGGCUCAGCAGUCAACCUCAGAGCUGGCCACUAUUUAGCCAUGAUCACAUUGCUCAUGGAGAUGAGCACCCCCUUUACCUGCAUCUCCUGGAUGCUCCUGAAGGCUGGCUGGUCAGACUCGCUCUUCUGGAAGGUCAACCAGUGGAUGAUGAUCCACAUGUUUCACUGCCGCAUGGUACUCACUUACCAUAUGUGGUGGGUGUGCUUCUGGCACUGGGACAGCCUGGUCAGCAGCCUGUACCUGCCUCAUUUCAUGCUGUUCCUGUUUGGACUGGUCCUGCUUACACUCAUCCUGAACCCCUAUUGGACCCACAAGAAGACACAGCAGCUUCUCAAUCCCGUGGAUUGGAACUUCACACAUCCCGAACCCAAGGGUAGCAGGCCAGAAAGGACCAACGGUCAGGUGCUGCAGAAGAAGAGGACCUAGCACUCUACAGCCAGGUGGACCAUGAUGCCAGUGCACAAGGAUACUUGGGUUCUGCAAAGCUCCAUGAGUGGUGACUUACAAAUAAGGUAGUAAUGUGCUUAGUCUAGGUAGAGUGCUAACCUCGUGCGUUUGUUAGUAUUAAUCUUGAAGUAGCCACAAAGUAUUACUGGGACCCUGGUUUGCCUUCAGGAGAAGGUCUUUACCAUCUCAGUCUCCUUGACUGUUAUGAUGUGUUCUGUCAGCAUCUGGGAAGGAGUCUUGGUACCAGGCAUACAAGCUGCUGAAGAAGAAGCUGUGUACUGAAUACUUGGAGGGACUUCAGAAGGAAGUGCCUGUGAGGAUGUGAACAAGAUAGCACACUCACAGUCCGCAUGACUUAUCUGGAAGUCAUGUUCUUUUUAACUGCAAAGAAGUGGCCCAAGAAAACAAUGUGAUUUGCUUACUCUUGUCAAAAUUUCUCAUUAUGUGGAAUUUUAAGCCUGUGGUGCAGUAGCACCAUCUGGUGGCAAUUGGUGUAAGGACAGCAUUCAGAUUUUUGUAAGGCUGAGCGACCUUGUUCACCCACCCUAGCAUGGUGUAGGGUGGGAAAUUUUGUACUUUUUUUGUUUGGUUGUUUAAAUCAAGGAACCUAUUUUAAAAUGAUAAUUUUUUUAUUGCCAUCAUAAUUUUCAGCUGAAAGAAUAAAGUAAGUAUUGAUAUUUAGAGCCAUUUUUAAUUGACAAAGUUUUCUGUCAGGGGCCAGCCUCCUCCCCAUUCUUUUGUUUUUUCUUGUUAUUAUUUUUUUUUUUUAUCAGAGAGAGAGAAUUAGUAAUUCUCACUGUAACUGGACUCCAGAUGUGUGUGCCAUCUUGUGCACAUGUGCAAACUUGUGCGCUUGCAUCACAUUGUGCAUCUGGCUUAUGUGGGCCUGGAGAGUCGAACAUGAGACCUUAGGCUUUGCAGGCAAGUGCCUUAACUGCUAAGUGAUCUCUCCAUCUCCUUAUCCCCAAAUCUAAGGAUCAUGCUGCUCUGGCAAAUUCAAGACAAGCAAGUGAUUUUCCCCUGUGGGCUGUCAGUUGGUCCUGGACUCACUCAGUGUGGGCUCUGAGUACAGAACAGACCAUCAGCUAGCUGCUUGAUGUGACCACUAACAAGUUGCCGAUCUGCUGUGCCUGGUUAGAAAGACUUCAGAUACCAACUUAUCAGUUUUACUGACAGACACACAAAAAACUUACUCAACUUCAGAGUGCAAUUAAAGGACAAAGUUUAUUUUCAUCAAAACUACUUUUGAAAAUGUGUUUACAGAAAACACAUUAGGUGGUUGUGAGAAGCAUAUGUGACCUGUACCUGUUACCAUGGAACCCUGGGCCUAUUCUGAUGACUAGUGCUUUAACUUUAUCAAUUGUAUUUAGAUCAAGAUAUAUGAUGCCUAUUUAUCUCAUUCCAAGGCAUUAUUUACACUGCAUCCCUAAGACACUCAAACUGAAAAGCCUGUAGCUCUUGUGGCUGCUUUGAUGAAUCUGUUCAUGAGGAACCAGCAGUAGCUGGAGGUUUCCAACUGGGCAGAAUUUGAAUAAAGUCACUGCUGUUUACAGAA